AUGUCCAAAUCCUCCAAAUCCUCCUCCAAGCACCUUCCCAACGACCCCACCACCCUCUCCUCCACCCUCUUCACCACAAUCCUCCUCUUCGACACCAUCAGCACCCACAAAACGCACUCCAAAAAGCACCAAUCCCUGCUCCUGCAACUCUCCAUCGAGCGCCUCUUCCUCAUCACCUGGGGCAAGACGCUCGGCCUCCUCCGCGACAAGGGCCACAACCCCCGCCCGCUCGACGCCCGCCUCAACAGCAUCGAGACCCGCAACGUCAUCACAAACCUCCUCACCCUCAUCGCCGGCGGCUUCAGCGAGCGCGGCGGCCUCGAGCGUCUCCGCGACGACGAGGUCAUCGUCACGCGGGAGGGAUUUGAGUGGACGCACGUGAACCUCCGCUGCCUGAGUAAGAAGCUGCAGAAGAAGGCGGCCGCGAAGAAGAAGGUGUUUUGGGUCGGUGCUGCCGGCGGGCGGUGGGGGUGGUGGCGGGGGUGGCGGGGGAGUGGGGGUACGUCGAGUACGGAGACGAUGGAGAUUGUGGUGCAGCAUCAGACGUUUGGGAAUGGCAUGGGGAUGGGGGGCAUGGGGAAUGGUGGGGUGGCGUAUAAUGUCAAUAUGAGCAAUGGCUUGGUGUCGCCGACGGCGUUCGAUCACCAUCAUCAGCAUGUGCAUCAGCACCAGUUCAUCACGCAGCACGCGGGCCACCAGCAGCAGCAGCAGCAGCAGGGGCAGCAGCAGCAGACAAUGUAUAUACCGACGAUCCCGUCGCCGCCGCCAGCGGCACCGCAUCCGGCGCAGUAUUUGAUGAUUGAGGCGCCCCCGCCGCCGCCGCUGAUGCUGCAGCAGACGCCGUAUUAUGAUGAUAUGGUUGAGAUUGAGGAGGCGCGGCAUCCGGAUGAGAGGGAGACGGUGCAUAUGUAUAGGACGUAUUAG